AUGACGUUCGAAGAAACUGGGCGGGACUUCCACCCGCGCCUCCCAAUAGCAAGGCUGGACACUGGACCUGGUGGGCGGAGCCCGAGGCAAGCCGAGCGAAUGGGUCCGCCGGGGCGGGGCGACGGUGGAGGCGGCGGCGGCAGCAGCUGCGACCGCCUGCCCAACCCGGGCACGUUCGAGGAGUGCCACCGGAAGUGCAAGGAACUGUUCCCCAUUCAGAUGGAGGGUGUCAAACUCACAGUCAACAAAGGGUUGAGUAACCACUUCCAGGUGAAUCACACAGUUGCCCUCAGCACAGUCGGGGAUUCCAACUACCACUUUGGGGUCACAUACGUGGGGAUGAAGCAGCUGAGCCCCACCGAGGCAUUCCCUGUGCUGGUGGGUGACAUGGACAACAGUGGCAGCCUCAAUGCUCAGGUCAUUCACCAGCUGGGCCCUGGCCUCCGGUCUAAGAUGGCCAUCCAGACACAGCAGUCCAAGUUUGUGAACUGGCAGGUGGAUGGGGAGUAUCGAGGCUCCGACUUCACAGCAGCCGUCACCCUGGGGAACCCAGAUGUCCUGGUGGGCUCAGGAAUCCUGGUGGCCCACUACCUCCAGAGCGUCACGCCGUGUCUGGCCCUGGGCGGAGAGCUGGUCUACCACCGGCGACCUGGAGAGGAGGGCACGGUCAUGUCUCUAGCAGGGAAAUACACGUUGAACAACUGGUUAGCGACAGUGACACUGGGCCAGGCUGGCAUGCACGCGACGUACUACCACAAAGCCAGUGACCAGCUGCAGGUGGGGGUGGAGUUUGAGGCCAGCACACGGAUGCAGGACACCAGUGUUUCCUUUGGCUACCAGCUGGACCUGCCCAAGGCCAACCUCAUCUUCAAAGGCUCCGUGGACAGCAACUGGAUCGUGGGUGCCACGCUGGAGAAGAAGCUGCCCCCACUACCCCUGACCCUGGCACUGGGGGCCUUCUUGAAUCACCGCAAAAACAAGUUCCAGUGUGGCUUUGGCCUCACCAUCGGCUGAGCCCCGCCCUGCGGCCACCCUCCUUACCCCCCUCCUUCAGCCCCCAACACCCUCCCACGGCCACGGAGGGGAGGCUCCAGCCCCCUCCCCUUCCCUUCCCUGCCCCCUCAGGGGCCCAGGAGCAUCGGGAAGGAGGGGGGCCCUCCUCCCAGCAGCUGGAGAGGGGCUUGUGGAGCUGAAGGGGCUGCAGCAUAGGAUCCUGAGCACCGGAGGGGUGUUCUCCGGGGGGCCUGGGGGCCCUAGAAGGGAUUCUGGAAUCGAGGGGCCACUUGGCGUUUUGAGCACCGCCAGGCAGGGGCGGCCAGACACCUCAGGGAGAGGAAUGUCGGGGUGCCCCCAACCCCCUGGGGUCCAGGCCCUGCCCCCCUUCUGGGGCAGCAAGCAGGAGCUUCCCUGGCCCACAGCCUAGCCUCCCCCUUGCCCCCACCCUCAAUAUAAAUCAUGUUUAUAAGUUAUGGAAGAACCGGGACAUUUUACAGAAAAAAGAAAAAACAACAAAAAAUAGACAUGGAAAAAACAAA